AGUGCAAUAUUUUAUUUAUUGCAGAGAACUUAAUGAGAGUAGAGAGCAGAAAUUCGUGGAAGACAACGAGGCAGCAGUUGAUCGGGUAAGCUACGCGGAAUUGAGAGUCGAGAGUGGGGCGAACCUUCCCCCUUCCCAAUCCGAAAACAAUUCCCCAUCUUUAAAUUUCCAUCUUUAGGCAUUGGCUGCUGGAAUUUGCAUUUACAUGUUUAGGGUUUCAGUACAAUUCAAGUGUUUCCUUCCGAUGGCGCUCACUUCCAAUCCUCCCGAAGAAAGCGUAAAGAUCUCCUUCGGCGUAUAUAAGCCCACCGACGGCCAUGACAUUGACGACGCAGUCGCUCAUUUGAGGUCUCUCAUUUCCCUCGCCGAGCGGGCGGCGGAUCUCAAAGCGAUCAUUUUGAAGAGCGUUAAUGGCUCCUGGGUCGCAGUUUUCUGUGUCUCGAGCGUGAGCCAGACUCGAACCGUAGACGAUGAAGUAAUCCGCGUUGUGGACUGGGGUUCGUUCCAGAAGAUCACGGAGGAGCAGAAAGCGAAUUUUAACAAGGGGAAGCUGUCGGUGGGGGACAUUGUUAGCGUGAGGAGAAUUUAUACGGAUUUAAAUAACCAGGAGCUGAUUGCUUACAGCUGCCUGGCGGUGCUCAAAUCCUUCUUUGCGCAGAUAGAGGGGCUUAAUUCUAGUGCCUUUUACAAAUCCAAAGACGGCAAGUUAAUAAUGGGGCUGGGCAUAUGGGACAGCGCCGAGUUCGCCUCUGCGCUCUUGGAUUCGCCCAAUGGCAGCCCCGGGGAGGCCUACUGGAAGGACCUCGGUGCUACAAAUCUCAAGUUCGAAAUUUGUCAGGUUGUUUACAUCAGCAAGGAAAAUUCUCCCUUGCCCCAAACCCUCGAUUCCACCGACCAACAGAUCAGGACAGUCUAGACGGAGGGACUCUCUGCCAUUUUCACGCAGAACAGAAGAGAACAGAAGAGGGGUAAAUGGAAUUCGGAAAGAGGAUCGAAAUUUCCACUGCUCCAAUCCUGUAUUUUACUUUUAUUUCUCAUUCAACAUUAUUUUAAAGACAGACAGGGCUCCACUAAGCGAUGGAUGACCUCCCUAACAACAAAUUCUCCGCACACUUUACGCCACUAUUUUGACUUCAACUACCUAGGUAUAUGUAUAUACAAAUUAUUUUCAUCGAUUGUUUUGAUUAUUUAGCAACGUUGUAUUUACACGUCCCAAGAGCUUGAAAAUUGUAUCUAUCAAGCAAAUCUCAACCCUUCUUCACCCAUCAAAUUACAAAUGCUUUGGCUUUUUAAGCUGAGUCCCUAACAUCUUUUGAAAAUGUAUUCGGAAGUUUUAUAAUAUUAUUAAAGGUGUCUCAAUUUUUUAUAUCAA